CGGACUUUGUACGCAUCAACCACUGCACUGCACAGAGAGGCAAAACUGGCGUCGCUAUUUUGGAAACCACCAUCUCUCCCACCAACCCCUCCACCUCCGCCGUCAAGGCCUACUACAAUCAUGUCGCAGACUCCCACCCAACCCAGACUCACGCCACAAUUCUGCUUCAACCAAACCGCACUCCGAGACUUCCUCCGCGUAUCUCGAUCCGCAGUAGACGAUACCAUCAACCAAAAUCUCAAUGCACUAGCAACGCCCGCCGCGAGACCAUUCGAUCCUGCAUCAACGACAGAAAGACAGCCUCGACCAAUUGGGAAACGAGCAUUAGACCCAGAAGCAUGCCAGACAUUCAAGGAUAAAGUCCUGUUGCCAUCAUGGCAAUCCCGCUCCGACGUCCUAAACUACUGUGCAGGCGUAGCUACAUCACCCGAUCCCAAUGAUCCCGACCACAUCCUACGAGAAACCGAAGACGCGCGAGCGCGUGAAAGAAUCAUCGAUGAACGUCUGGAUCCAUACAGCGCAAGAUACUUCCCGCAGAACACCAGGACAGAAUCGCUCGCGUCUUUGAUCAGAAACGAGAGAAUGGUUGAGAACAUUAUUCGUGCUCGGACGUGGGGUCUUGUAGGAGAAAGAUGUGACAAUGAGACGACAGAUGCAGAUAAGGCGCUCAACGCAUGGCGAAGGAGAACAGCCACGUCGAUGGUGGAGCAGGAGCGAUAGCAUGAAUUGAAGAAUUUGCAAGUUCACCACUCAUCAAAUUAUCAAAUCUGCUCUCUCAUCUUUCGCAUCAAGCA